AUGCCCACUGUGGAGGAGAUCGACACGGUCCUCCGUCCCUGGCGGUCGGACGAACUGCGCCAGAAAGCAUGGCAAAUAUUGGAAUCCGGCAACGCCGUACCGAUUUUUCUCCGGUCGUACUAUAACCCGGAGGACGACGAAAAGAUGGAGGAAUGGGUCGAUGCAUCGGAAGAGUUUAGAAACCAAGCCUGGUGGGCGUGUCUGAACGAUGCAACUCUCUUCAACUUUGGCUUUGACUGGCAGCGCGUAUACGACAUCAUGCCCGAAGUUGCGGGUCCAGUGAGCGAUGCCGGGUACACGCGAUAUCCGUCACCAGAAAUUGUGGAGAUGUCACGAACACAAUUUAGGACCUCCCUCAGGAAGACAAAGCAGAGUGAGCCCCAUCGGUGGAGGGAGGAUCCGGAUCGCUUUAUCGAAUUCGAGGCGGCCGACCUCCUCCGCACAGUGGCAGCAGCGUACAUUCUCGUGGCAGAUCAGAAGGCCUUCGAGACUGGCGGCCAAGUACGUCUGAUUUAUGUGGAUGGUAAGCGGAAUGUUAUUCAGGAGACCCGCGUCGAGGCGGAUGCGCAGACGAUCACGGAUGUCAUCAUGGACUGGGACCAGUUGAAUCUGCCCCCGGACUUGUGGGAGGAAGGGACCAUCGGGGAUAGGUACCGCGUUAACCGGGAUUUGGGGAGGGAGUUAUAUCAGUUGAGCGAGGUUGAUAUGGCGGAUCUUUGA